GGGGUUCAUUAUUAAAAUGAGAUUAAACAGAAAGUGAAACCUCCAUGAUUGUUAAUGGCCAACAUAAUUAUUGUGUUAUGCUUUUUCUGUCCAGGAUCACAGCUAAAAAUAUUGCAAACAGAAAGACCGAAAGGAUUAAUAUCAAUGUACCAAUUUAUAAAGAUAAAAAUACCAUGAUGCCAUAUGGAGAAGAUUUCUCUGAAUAUGAAGACAAUAAAGUGAUGAAGAAACAUUUGAAACCAGGACACAUUUACAUGGACUCGCCAACAUUCGGAGUAGGAUGUUGUGCUUUACAAGUAACAUUUCAAGCUGCUGAUAUAAAAGAAGCUACUUAUCUCUAUGACAGUUUGAUACCUCUUACUCCAAUUAUGUUGGCACUGACUGCUGCUGCUCCUAUAUAUCGAGGAUUUUUAUCUGAUACUGACUGUCGGUGGUGUUCCCUUUCUCAAUCUUGUGAUGAUCGUACCAUGCAAGAACAGGGUUUAGAACCUUUGACAAAUGGUAACAUUUUGGUGAAGAAAACUCGUUUUGAUUCAGUAGGUAGUUACCUUUCCAUGAGCGACCAAUUUUAUAAUGAUUAUGAUUACAGUUAUGAUGCUGAACAGUAUGAAUUACUAAAAGCAGAAGGUGUUGAUGAAAUGAUGUCCAGAUUUGUUGCCCAACUUCUUGUAAGAGAUCCCAUCACUUUAUACAAAGAAAAAAUCGAUCAAGACAUUAUAAAUGAUACUGAUCACAUUCAGACCAUUAUAGCAAGUAACUGGCACAGCAUAAAACUGAAGCUUCCUGAUGAGAAAUCCGGAUGGAAAGUGGAAUUCAGAACAAUGGAGGUUCAGCUGACUGAUUUUGAAAAUGCUGCCUUUGUUGUAUUUAUGCUUCUUCUUACACGUACUAUAGUUACUUUCAAACUGAACCUUUUGAUCCCGAUAACAAAGGUUGAUGAAAACUUCCUACCAGCACAAAAGCCAGAUGCCAUUAAUAAAGAGAAAUUUCAUUUCAGAAAAGAUGUUCAAAAAGAAUCUUCUGAACUAACUCAGGAUAUUUACAGUUUGAUGACUUUAAAUGAAAUCAUGAAUGGAAAGGAUGAUUUCCCUGGUUUAAUUCCUCUCAUACACAAAUAUCUUGAUUAUAUUGACUACGAUUUCAGCAAAAGACCUAAAAUAAUGCAAUACCUGAAAUACAUCUCAGACAAAGCUGCAGGAAAGAUAAUGACAAUGGCCCAAUGGACAAGGCAAUUUGUUACAAAUCAUGAAGAGUACAAGAAUGAUUCUUUUGUCAGUGACAGAAUCACAUACGAUUUUAUUAUGGAAUGUGAAAAGAUUGUCAACAAUGAAGAAGGACUUCCACAACCAUUUAUCAAGUGUUAACAAAAUUCUGACAACUUCAUCUGUUACGAGCUACAAUCAGCCUAAACUACAAAACUGUGUCCCCUCCCACAACUUUGUCUCCUGAUAACUUAUAGAACAAUGGAUAUUCUUUUAACCACAUUUUCAGCAAAUACACUUCAGAUGCUUUAGAUUAUCAUUAUAUCAGAAUUUGAUGUGAAAAAAAUUAUUUCUGAAGGUGAGGAGAGGAGUUUCGUAAAAUUCACACAAGACAAUAUUCCUCAUAACUUUCAGAAAAAUGAGUAUUGUUGAAUGAAAUUUUCUACAAAUUUCCUUCCACAUAGUGUAGAUUACAAUUAACUAUUAUAUAAGAAUUUAAAAUGAAAAGGUGGACUCGCAUGCAAUCAUAUUGACACACAUUACACAUCUACAAAAUGUAACUUGAAAUUUCUAACAAAUAUUCGAAUGUAUGUGUACUUGCCCAGCAAUUUUAUUUUUCACAUUAAAAUUUGAUGUAAGCAUAAUCUACACCAUCUGAAAUGUAUUUGUAUAAUUUUUCAUUAAAAACACCCAUUUUUCUGUAAGUUAUGAGGAAGAAAAGCUGACUCAUGUGAAUUUUCCAAAACUUCUCACCCUUGGAAAAAAUAGUUUUUAUAACAAAAUCCAAUCAAACAGCCUGAAGCAUAUUUGUUGAAAAUUUCAAUGACAAAUAUCGAUUUUAUUGGAAGCUAUGAGGAAAGAAAGUUGGUGGUGGGCACAGUUUUGUAGGUAUGCCCUACACAUAAUAUAUAACCUACAUAACUAUAAUACAACUUUUAUCUUACUUGUUUCACUCCAUUAGACUGUAGCCUUGUUGGAACAGCACCUUGAGGAAUUUUUGUCAAACUAAUCAACGGCAGGACUUAUUUUCUUUUUAAGGCACUUUGCCAAACUAUUAAGCUAAGGGGAUAUAAACACACCAACACUAGUUGUCAGGUGAUGGUGGGGGGGCACACACAGACACACAAAUAGUUAAUCAAAAAAAAAAAAGAAACGGA